AUCAAAAUAACAACACAAAAUUGCUCGUGGUGCAGCGGAGUGUUUUGUUAAAUUAGUUCUGAUAUACAUUUAGCAAUGCAUUCUACAAAUCUAUUUAGUGGUAUUGCAGCUAGUUUAAAUAUCAGCUUCAUACGCGGCGUGUCAUCUAACACUUCCGCCAUUGUGAAGGUGCACCGUAGCAUUUAUGCCCGACGGUAUCCCACCCUGAUGGUGCUGCCAAAUGGAUCCACAAUCAACCUCAGCUAUCACGAGCCAAGAAAGAUAAUCAAACUCCCGCUUGAUCUGAGCCAGCUAUCGGAAGCAGAAAGGAAAGCACGCAUCGAAAAGCGUAAACCUAAGCAAAAGAUCCGUAUUGACGAUGAUGUAGAGGACACGUUCAAUGCAAACAAAUACUUGAAGUAUCUGAAGAAGAAAUGAGGAUUUUUCUGGGUAGGAUUUGAUGAUGUUAGGUGGGUAGCUUGUAAUUAGGAAACAGAACAUUGUAGGAACGAAACCAAAAUAUGAUUGCUAAUAAAGUCAAUCAUAAAGAUUGUUAAAAUCUGGAGCGAU